CUGUGUUUGCGUGUGAGAAAAAUCCCCAUAGACAUAUACAGUAACACAAACCCAGCCGGUGACAAGAUGCCUGCAGACUUCAAUGGACAAUGGGUGAUGGUCACCAACGAGAACUUUGAGGAUAUCAUGAAUGCCAUUGAUAUUGACUUUGCCACCCGUAAGAUCGCCCGUCACCUGACCCAGACCAAGGUGAUCGUCCAGAACGGAGACAAGUUUGAGACCAAAACUUUGAGCACCUUCAGGAACUACGAGGUCAACUUCACCGUUGGGGAGGAGUUUGAGGAGGUCACUAAGGGACUGGACAACAGGACGAUCCAGACAUUGGUUACCUGGGAUGGAGACAAGUUGGUGGCUGUGCAGAGGGGAGAGAAGGCUAACCGUGGCUGGAUGCAAUGGAUAGAAGGAGACCUGCUACACCUGGAGAUCCACGUUGAAGACAAAAUCUGCAAACAAGUAUUCAAGAAGAAGCCCUGAAAYAUCUGACAAAACCUUUUUUUAUUGUAAAAUGACAUUCAUGUGUUUCUGCCUGCAUAAUUAUGUAAUGUACUUAUGAUGUGGUUGGACAUACAUUUAAUAAAUACUUAAUUCAUCCCAAGCAGAUGGGAGGCAUUGA